AGCCUAUGAAAAGUAUUAGGAAAAUUUUCAUCACAAUAAUUCCGAAAAUGCUUAUCAAUGAAUAUGAACAUAUCGUGGUGGACUUACGUUCUGAUUGCCGUUGUUGUAUUUUUACUUCUAUUAAUAGCACAUUACUUGGUCAAAAAGUUCAAUGAAAACAAAUUUGAAGAGAGAUACAUGCAGCUCUACAGGAAGAAUUCGGCAAGUACUCAAGUCCAAUCACCACUCAUCGACAUGGAAGUCAAAAAAUCGGACAGCAAAAUGAAAAAGGAUGACGAGUCGUAUAAAGGUAUCUCCCUCGUGUUCAGCAAGACCAUUCAACGAUCACCUAGGCUCUCUUCUUCCGCAACUACCUGUGCCGCAGAAGAAAAGAAAAUGAAAUGUAUCUUCAACAAAGGCAUUACCUUCUGCUCUAACGACACUAUCAAGCAUAAUCUGUCUGCUGAAAUCAAAAUUCGAGAUCACGACUCACCUUAUAACACAAUACUCCAAAAGACUGAUGGUACCAGUAGCGUUCAAAAUCUUGAUCAAACUCCUCUCGUUACUGAAUCUGCGAAUAAAUCCAAGACCCAAUUCGCAGCUGACAUUUACUCUCUGGUUAAAUCGUCUUCAAACAUGCUAAUCCUGGAAGAAAUGAAAGCAAAUGAAAACAUUUACAAUCUACAUCUCGGGACAAUUUAUACACAAUCAAUCGAUGACAAUUUCGGCGACAAGUCUAUAGUAUUGAAUAAUGUUAUUGAAAGCCCUAAAAGUAAUAUAGAUAAGCCAGAAAUAGUACUUUCUAAGGAAAAACGAGACGCAGUGUACGAUGCAAACAGAUACAAGGACCACACAAAGAUUUUACUAGGCUGUGACGAAGAAAUUAUCGAGAUGCAGGAUAUAAAAAACAAAAUUAAUAUUACUGAUUUAGGUCCAGGAGUUCUAACAAUGGCACUACUUGAAUCAGCUGACAGUGUAUCAAACAGUGAACCGGCACUACGAGCGUUUAAUGAUGAAGCAAACGUUUCUACCGAAAUCAAAGACAGCGACAGUUCUCCGACGUCUGUGAAUUCAACGGACGAAAUUAGCUUUUCAAACUCUAUUAUUUCUAAAAACAGCAACACUGUUGUUAAAAUGGAGUAUCUUACUAGUAAAAUUACAUCCCGUUAUGAAAAUUUUACAAAAGUACCCAUAAGUCGACAAUUUUAUAAUAGAGUACCCAAAACGCUAUCCGUAAUACAAGAAACAGGUUAUUCAGACGUAAAUUUUUCAGACUGUAUUUUGCAGUCGUUGUCUAAUACAAAAUUAGAUUCGAAAAAAUCUGACGGCGUAAGAUUAAUUUCAUCUGACUCUGCAUUCAAUAAAACAUUAUAUAAAAUAAAAUUUGAACCUGAGGCGAGCACUUCGACCUACAAGCGAAUUUUUAAAUCUCUCCUAUGCGACAGUGAAGAUGAUGCGGUAAUAACUUUAGAAAAGAAUAAUAUUGCAGAGAAAGACAAACAGUCAAUGGACAAAUUGAAAAUAGGCGGACCUAAUCAACAGAAAAACGAAGAAAACAAUUUUCAGUGCGAAACUUUAUAA